AUGGUAAAGUUAUUAAUUUGUCCGUUCAGAGUCUUGUUGAGGUUGAAAAUUGAACAGCCGGAGCUGAUGGCGAAACAACUUGAAUUGGCCGCAAAAAUAUACUGCUGUUUAGCGGAUCAUAACAAGUUAGUGCGGGAUUACAACAAAGCCAUUGAACUGUAUAAACAAGCUCUCUUUCAUCAACCACAAGACGCUCAGAUAAUGCUGGAGUUGGCGGGCUUGUUGAUGUUAAUUGAAGAUAGUGAGGGUUGUAUCAGCGCGUGCAGCCAGCUCAUUCAGCAGGGUGUACAGCAGCAACGAGCCACGGCUAUGUUAGCAGAAGUUCUGAUGAAAAAUGGCAGACAGGAAGAAGCUAUGCAGCACAUCACCCAACUCUGCACAUCCCUAAUUUUGGACCCCCACAGCAGCAAACACGCCGACAACUACAUAGUCUUCAUCAAAGUCAUUGAGAUGAUGAGGAGGGCAGGGCGAUUGGAGGAAUGCCACGCCUACGUCAACAUCACCGACCAAUCAGAUCAGAGGAUUCAUCAGCCCGGCUAUAAUUUUUGCAAGGGACUUUAUGAUUGGUACAUGCACGACGUCGACGGAGCCUUGAAGCAUUUGAAUAGGGCGCGAAAAGACGCCGAAUACGGCAGACAAUCCAUCUAUCUGAUGGUUGACAUUUGCAUCAAUCCGGACGAUGACGUCAUCGGGGGAGGAGUCAACAAGACCAAUAUGAACGAGUUAGUGGGCGGUACCUUCGAUCAAAUAGAGGCAGAUAUCAUUGGAAUGGAGACGGCUGAUAGGCUCCUCAAGGAGAUUCGGCUGUCACCGGGUGACGUCACGCACCACGUCAAUCGUCAAUCUAUUCAUCAUCGUACACACACACACGCACACACUCAUACGUACACACACACGUACACACACACGUACACACACACGCGCGCACAUCAGCCAGACAAUGUGAUGAUAUUAUACGGUACGGCAGUUGCUUUCAUCCUACUGAAACAACCAGCCAAAGCAAAGAGCCAACUGAAGAGAAUUGACAGAGUGACCUGGAAUUUUGAGGACGCCAGCUACCUUGAAAAAAGUUGGUUACUAUUGGCAGAUAUGUGCAUUCAGAAAGAAAGUUUCGAACCGGCUAAACAGAUUCUAGACAAGUGCAUUCUAUACAACAAGUCAUGUAGCAAGGCGUAUGAAUAUUUGGGCUACUUAUGCGAGCUAGAGCAGUCAUUCAAAAUGGCAGUCGAUAAUUAUGCUCUGGCCUGGAAAUAUGCCCAUAAGAAAAAUCCCACCAUUGGUUAUAAACUGGCCUACUGUUCGUUAAAGAUUAAAAAAUAUACCGACGCUAUUGAUGUCUGUCACGAGGUUCUUUCAGUCUAUCCGAAAUACCCAAAGAUAAGAAAUGAUAUACUAGAGAAAGCCCGCUCGUGCAUUAAAAUUAUGGCAUAA